CUGCCCGUGACGGCUUAUGACUGUGGUGUGGUUGUAGGUGUAUCUCAAAGGUGGGGUACCAGAGAUCACCUCUUACAACAGGCAAAUGGCACUAUCUGACGAAAGUUUCCAUUUAAUCUAUAUAUGGAUGCCUCUUGGAGUCAGGCAGGUCGGCCACGCAGCUCUUGAUCUUAGCAAUCGCCAGUAUGUCAGUUGGUGGCCUAAAGAAGAUAAAGUGAAAUGUGGCCUCAAGGAGAAGAAAAAUCGUUGCAGUGACAACCUUCAAGAUGACAUAAAGGACGAGGGCAGGGAUCCUGACUAUACAUUCAAGAUUUUGUCCACAGCAUUAGACCUGGAUAAAAUGAUCACGUGGUGGACGAAACAAAAGAGCACGGGUCACUAUUCCUUCCUGAAUCAAAACUGUUGCUGGGUUGUGUACCAAGUCCUACAUGCAGGAGGAGCUCCAAAGAGUCUUACCAUUCUUUGGAGACCUGAAACUUUGCGGAGGUAUUUGGACAUUUAUCUGGGCGGUGGACCAAGCUUCACAACUCUGCUCAAUAUGCCAUUCUCGGAUCUCCCUUUCAAAGAGAAGAUGACGUUUUAUAGAUGGGAAGCUCAGGCUGGAUCAGAAAGGGAGUUUGAAUUAUCUCUGGAUAAUUCAGUGGUUGUUGCAAGCCGAAAAAAGAUUAGGAGACCGCCGGACUUCACUUAUAGCAUUCCUUACACAAAUUUGAAGUACCAUCUAAUGAGGAGACGUUGGAAAGAAAUGCAGGGAGCGAAAGAACAUGCUUUGUCGUGUUUUGAAUCGAAGAUACGUGAAAUUCUGCUUGCAGGCGGUAUGUCUGAAGUGACGCUACUUACGAUGAUGGACGUCUUCUUCAAAAAGCCUGACAACAUAAAUACCAGGAGCUUAAAAGUAAAGAAACCAUGGAUUGACUUAAACUACCGUGCUUGAGGGUGGGGCUUCUGAAUUCUGACAAAUCCUCUCCAGACAUUAACGAUGAUUUAUCACAGAGGAUGUUAUAGUCAUAUAAUAAAAUUUUCUUUAUAUUCAUUGAAAUCCCAGCAUUAUGAUUAGCUGGACUGCUCACGUGUUAUUGCAUUCAUUUCCCAAUAAAUGUAAAAAAUUAA